AUGCCAACCUUUGGAGGCCUCCUCAAGAAGAAGAAGACCAAGGAGUCGCCGGAGGAUAAGACGGCAAACAGCGGAGGCACUCAUUCAUCCGCUCAGUACAAGUCCUCCCAGAAAGCCGAUGCAUCGCCAUCUGCACCUGCACCUGCGCAAACCACCUCAAAUGCUCCCGCGCAAGCCACUUCAGCAACCACCACACAAGUCACCUCGACUCCCGAGCCUACCACCCAAGAGCCUGCAAGCAACGGCACGAACAACAUGAACGUAGCUAAUCUCGUUAGUCCCCCAGCGAGCGGCGUGGUGGAUGGCAAAGGAGCUAUCCGGCAGACCAAGGGCAAAUAUACCUUGACCGACUUUGAGAUCAAGAGAACACUAGGCACCGGUUCCUUUGGACGGGUUCAUCUGGUACAAUCGAAACACAACACCCGGUUCUAUGCUAUCAAGGUCUUGAAAAAGGCCCAGGUGGUCAAGAUGAAACAAAUCGAGCAUACAAACGACGAGAGAAGGAUGCUGUCGCGGGUCAAACACCCUUUCCUGAUCACUCUGUGGGGCACCUUCCAGGAUUCUAAGAAUCUGUACAUGGUCAUGGAUUUCAUUGAAGGUGGUGAAUUGUUCAGUCUCCUGCGCAAGUCACAGCGUUUUCCGAAUCCAGUCGCCAAAUUCUAUGCCGCCGAAGUGACACUGGCUCUGGAAUACCUGCACGCACAGAAUAUCAUCUACCGGGAUUUGAAGCCCGAGAACUUGCUGCUGGAUAGACAUGGACACAUCAAAAUCACGGAUUUUGGCUUUGCAAAAGACGUACCAGACAUCACCUGGACGCUGUGUGGUACUCCGGAUUACCUUGCGCCAGAAGUGGUGGCGUCCAAAGGUUACAACAAGUCUGUGGAUUGGUGGUCACUGGGAAUCCUAAUCUUCGAAAUGCUUUGUGGCUUCACUCCGUUUUGGGAUGGAGGCUCUCCGGUGAAAAUUUAUGAAAACAUUCUGAAGGGACGUGUCAAAUAUCCCCCCUACAUCCACCACGACGCUCAAGAUCUCCUGGUUCAGCUGAUUACAGCUGAUCUGACAAAGCGCCUGGGGAACUUGCACGGUGGCCCAUCUGACAUCAAGAACCAUGCCUGGUUCGCCGAGGUAACGUGGGAGAGGCUGGUCAAGAAAGAUAUUGACGCACCCUACGUGCCUCCAGUGAAAGGAGGUGCGGGAGAUGCUAGCCAGUUCGACAAGUAUCCAGAGGAAACAGAACAAUAUGGCUCGCGGGGAGAAGAUCCGUAA